CUACUGGUCUUCGGUAAUAUAGAGAGAGUAAAACGAAUAAUCGAUUGUCCAACCUAAAAUUCCAGCAAAAAGAAAGAAAAGAAAAAGAAAGGAGAAGUAAAGUAAAGUAAAGAAAAGUAAAGAAAGCUCUCAGCUUUCCUCAUCUUCCCCUCAUAUCUUGCGGCUUUUCAGUCCUUUUCUUCCAUCUUCACCAUCUUCCUCCCCUUGUUGUUUGUAUGAGCUACUCCUAUUUUUAUUAUUAUUAUUAAUACUAAAACCCCACUUCUCAUCACACAUUAAGAAAUACUAGUAUGAAAAACAAAUAAAAAAGGGGGCCGGUAAAUUUGCAGGCAUUGCUGACAUUUUCUAUCCUUCCCUACUUCCCCUUUCUACUUCAACCAAAAAGAUCACGUCCCUUUUGCUUUCUGUUUUGGGGUCACACUUUCCCACAUUCCUCUUCCUGCCUGGAAGCACCACCUUUCUUUCAGUUGCAUAUAUUUCCACACAUCCCAAAUCCCAAGCUUGACUGCACUGUUUUAUUCUCCCUCCCUUUUGUGUAAAAAAUAUAGCUUUUAAUUAUUCGUUUGUACAAUUACUUGUCAAUUACUUAAGUUUGAAGUCUCUGUUGAUGGGAAAGAUGAAUCUUUAGUGGGUGAUUUGGGAGGAGGUGUGAGAUUUGAGAGAUGGGUAUGACACAAAAGAGUGGGGAAGAGAGAGGAAGAAGAAGAAGAUUGGGUGUGGGGAAGGGUAGGGGAGUUCUUGUGGCUGUUAAAGUCUCAAAGGAUAUCCCAAGAGAUGCUCUUGUUUGGGCUCUCACUCAUAUUGUUCUGCCUGGGGAUUUUGUCAAGCUCUUGGUGGUCAUUCCAGAUCCUUCUAAUUCAAGUAAAAAGCUGUGGGGUUUAGAGAGAUUCGGCAGUGAUUGCACGUCGGGGAACCCGAUAUUGUCAUCGGGGACGCCUCAAGAUCAGAAGGAUUACAUCACAGAAUCAUGCGCCCAAAUUGUUCUCCAACUUAAUCAUCUAUUUGAUCCAGAUAAAGUAAGAAUGAAGAUCAAAGUCAUUCCUGGAUCAGACUAUGGGACAGUAGCUGUUCAAGCCAAAAAAACUCGAGCCCAUUGGGUUGUAUUGGACAAGAAGAUGAGAAAAGAGGCAACCAUCUGCAUGGAAGAACUGGAGUGCAAUGUGGUUAUGAUGAAGAAUUCACACCCCAAGGUGCUCCGUUUGAAUCUCCUUGGAUCACCAAGCGCCGACAAUGGAAAUGUCUCUGGAUCAGAAACUUCCAGGGCAAAUGUGGGUGAAGAAGAUUAUGCAGAUUCCCGGAACGAGACUCCAGGCCAAACCGUGACUCCGGUUAGCAGCCCGGAAGAUCAAUCCUCGUCUACAACAAGUGAUGCUGCUAGGGCAUCCUCAUUCUCCGUGAAUAUCUCUGAAAUCAACUGGGAUCUGAAGAAAGGCGGCGUUUCUCGCUAUCCCUUUGAAGAUGAAUCUGACUCAGACACAGAUAGUGAGAAUCUGAGUUCUUCUCCUUCAACGACCUUAUCUUCCAAACAAUGGACAUCGGACACCACUGUCAGUUCGCAAAGAUCAUCCACGAACAACUUUCUAAGUUUUAGGGUGAAGGAGGACGCGCAAGUGAAGUUCUUUAAACCAGAUAUUGAAUUCAAAUCCGGAGGAGUGAAAGAUGGGAGGCGCUCAUCUGAAUUGAGCAAAAACAUGAGAAAUAUGAUAUCGUCUCUAUCGAAAAAGGCACUUCCAGAGCCUCCUCCACUGUGUUCAAUAUGCCACCACAAGGCACCUGUGUUUGGGAAGCCGCCCAGGUGGUUCACGUUUACUGAGCUUGAAACUGCAACCCGCGGGUUUUGUGAAGAGAAUUUUCUGGCUGAAGGUGGAUAUGGUUCCGUUUACCGCGGGAUAUUGCCCGAUGGGCAAUAUGUGGCAGUGAAGCAGUACAAGUCUGCUAGCUCUCAGGGUGACCAUGAGUUUUGCUCUGAAGUUGAAGUCUUGAGUUGUGCUCAACAUAGGAAUGUUGUGCUUUUGAUUGGUUUUUGCGUUGAGGAAGGAAAGAGGUUGCUUGUUUAUGAGUACAUUUGCAAUGGAUCCCUGGAUGCUCAUCUUUAUGGGUGUAAGCAGAUAGAUCCGUUAAGCUGGUCCGCAAGACAAAAAGUUGCAACAGGAGCUGCUCGGGGAUUGAGAUAUCUGCAUGAGGAAUGCAGAGUGGGUUGUAUUGUGCAUCGCGACUUGCGUCCUAAUAACAUUCUUCUUACUCAUGAUUUUGAGCCAAUGGUAGGAGACUUUGGAUUAGCACGAUGGCAGCCGGAUGGAGACUUGGGUGUGGAAACAAGAAUAAUCGGAAGAUUUGGGUACUUAGCUCCAGAGUAUGCUCAAAGUGGCCAAAUUACUGAAAAGGCAGACAUUUACUCCUUCGGUGUGGUACUUGUGGAACUCAUCACAGGAAGAAAAGCUAUGGAUAUUAAACGUCCUAGGGGCCAACAGUCACUGACUGAAUGGGCACGUCCUCUGCUGCAAAAGAAUGCCAUGGCUGACCUUCUGGACCCAUUUUUAAGUAGCUGCUAUGUAGAAGAAGAGGUUUCUUCUAUGAUGCGUUGUGCAUCAUUGUGCAUUCAGCGCGACCCUCUUUCAAGGCCUCGGAUGUCACAGGUACUAAGAAUGUUGGAGCGUGACACCUAAUAGCAAUAUAAUUUUAAAUAAAGAACAAGCAUAUGCUCAGGCUGCUCCUAUGUCUUUGCUGCAAAAGAUGUCCUUCGGAAAAAGCUUCUCCCAUGACACGAGGGGAUCUAUGAAAAAGCAUAAAAACAAUCUGGAGCCAUUUCACUCCUUGGGAUUUCUGUAAUUUGUUGUAUAAUUGUAUAUGUUUACCCCAAAGUCCACACUAAUUUUUGGUAGAAAUUGUUGAAUGAUAAAUUACUUUGUGCAAUGAGGAUCAGAUGUAGUAUACGUAGUAUAUGAUAGCGUAUGGCUUGAGUUUUUGAACUUCAAUCACUUACAUUAGUUACAUACUUUGAACUUUUGUGCUUGUGUCUACAUGCACCUCAAACAAACAUAUAUUCACUAAUACACACAUACUUGCCAAUCGCUC